UUUUUUAAACGCGAGUUCCUUUUGCCUUGCUGUCAGAUUAGUAAAGUGUUAAGCGUAAAAUGGCAAAAGUAGAAUUGACGCCGCUAAGACCGUGGGAGGAUUUCUUUCCCGGUUGGGAUAGAUUCGCCAAACCGGAUAUGAAAGAUAUGGCUAAAUGGAAUAACAGAGUUGUUAGCAACUUGCUUUAUUAUCAGACUAAUUAUUUGGCAGUCGCUGUUAGUGUUUUUCUUAUUGUCGGGUUGCUGAACCCUUUGGGAAUGUUCACCGCCAUGGCUGUGGUCGUAGGAGUCUUUCUGGUUUCAGUGUGGGCGGCAGAUAACAGAAGCGCCAUCAGGAACUUCAAAAGUCAGAACCCCUCAGCUUUCGUGAUUGCUGUCAUGGUGGCGAGCUGCAUGUUAAUAGCAAUUCUGGGGAGCGUCAUGGUGUUCAUGACAGCCAUCACUUUACCGCUCACAUUGAUCCUGGCCCAUUCUUCUUUUCGCCUCCGCAACAUGAAGAAUAAACUGGAGAAUAGAAUUGAGUUCGCUGGCCUCAAAACGUCACCAAUGGGCAUCUUCCUGGAGUCUCUGGGUCAGCAAGAGGAGAACAUUCAAAAGAUCCAGACCUUCCUUGAGGCCAGAAUGAAGGAGUGACCGGACCGAGAAAGGACAACGCACUCCAGUUUAUCUGUUUACCAAAGAUCUUGACUCCGUUGUGACCCCAACAAGUUCCCAUAUAUUAGAAGGAGAAUCAAACAUCGUGCUAAACCCACAGGGUACCCCACUCCUACAAGACCACUCCCUAAUUCUCAAAUCUGUCUUGUAUUACUCAGUCACAGGCGUCAGCCUUGGCCGUUUUCCCUGAAGUCAAACUUUAUUUCGAGGCACCAAAAAUCCACAUGGACACUUUGCCAAAAUACUCUAAAGAUGCUAUUGUUUCAAGUAUUUCUAAUCCUACAUCAAGUUUGCUUUAGUACGCUUGUGAAUAGAACGUCAAAUUCUUUGCAAUAAAAGAGAAAGUACCUUCUUUGUCUGUA